ACAUGGUUGAAUAAAGGUGAGGGAAACGAUGUUUGUUUGUGCGUUUCGUCUCAUUUAUCCAUUCCAUUCGAUGUAAUUUGGUUUCAACAAAAAGAUAUGAGUACAAAAGUUCCCAGUCGACAACGUGCUGCUUCUGAUGGUGACGUUUUAGAGGAUGACGAGGACGAGGGAGGGUUUGCCGGCGCCCCCCUCCAAGAAGGUCAUCCCCAGGUGAGCCAAAGUGUUUCUGGUGUUGGAAAGACACAGAGUCUUGACCGGCAGAACUCUGUUGAGGUACACAGUUACGUACAGAACAAGAGGAAGGGUUUCAAGCCAUCAAAAUCAUUUGGUAAUUUCGUAAAAUUUAUGAAGCGUAUGCUGCCAGUGUACGCUAAAAAGAAAAACACUAGCAGUGCCACCAGUGACAUUGUGACUGGUGCAGGCGGAAGAAGAAGUUCCGAUACUGUUGACAGUACUUUACAUCCAUCCCGUCCAAAUGGCCACUCACCUUAUAUUAACCAAAAGAAUGGCUUCACCCCAGGGGUAUCAGGCUUAAAGAAUCACGGCAACACUUGUUUCAUGAACGCUGUACUUCAGUGUCUGAGCAACACCGAUAUUCUUGCUGAGUACUUUGUGACAGACCAGUAUAAAGAAGACAUAGGAAGGCAUAACAAAUACAGCUCAAAGAGGUUUGGAACCAAAGGCGAAGUAACAGAUCAGUUAGCUGUAUUGUUGAAAAGCAUUUGGACUUGCCAGUAUACUCCGGAAGUGUCCAGUGAAUUCAAAUCUGUGAUAGGGAAAUAUGGGACUCAGUACAGAGGGUAUGCGCAGCAUGAUGCACAGGAGUUUCUUAUGUGGUUACUUGACAAGCUUCAUGAGGACUUGAACAUUGCUCCCAAGAAGAAGUAUAAACAGUUAAAGAGCAGUCACUACAAGACAGAAGAGCAAGCUGCAGAGGCAGCCCUGGCCAGUCACAAUCGCUGUAACAACAGUUUUGUGUAUGAACUAUUUCAAGCUCUCUAUCGCUCCUCAUUACGCUGUCCACGAUGCUCGCAGCAGAGCAACACUUUUGAUCCAUUCCUCUGUGUAUCCCUGCCAAUUCCACAGAAGACAACGAGACCCGUCUAUGUCACCAUAGUCUAUUUAGAUGCACGUCCCAAGCAGGUACGGAUUGGGCUUACCAUGGAAGUGGGCAGUACUGUACAAGACUUGCGGGAAACUCUUUCAACUGAGACAGGCAUUGAGCCACAACAGAUUGUGCUGACAGAAAUCUACUUUGAUGGUUUUCAUCGGACAUUUAAUGAUGAUCAACCCCUGUCUGAUAUCCAUGAGUCUGUCAAUCUAUACGCCAUAGAGUGCCCCUCAGCACCAGUGGACAAGUCCAGACAGGCACAGCUGACAGACCCAACAUCUUAUGGUUCUCCUUGUGAACAGACAGGGUCCUGUGUCUACAGGGAGGAGCAACUGUGUCAGCUUGGAGUAUCCCCUUCUAGGUUUGGCAGCCCUCAGGUGCUGAUGGUGGACAGGGAGUCAACAUUUGAAGAACUCCAGGAGGAGAUCUUGACUCUGUUAGCUGACAGCAUUAAGGAAGGAGUCCAGAUCCAGAAGGACAGCCCUUUAUUCCGACUGCGUGUUGUAGAUGGCAUUGCCGGCAAGUGUUACUUACCCCAUGAUGUAGACCACCCCCUCUACAUGCCAACUGUGGACAGGGCCCUGACCCACCAUCUGCCCAGUGCUGGACCCCAGCAUCUGAAACUGGUGGCUGAAUGGGAACCAGAGACCAAAGCCAGUCUGAUCACCAGUAGCCCUGGAGAUAGCAUACAGGAGCAUGCUAGUGUACAGCAGGCCAAGCAGGCACAGAACAAAACUGUUGUGGCCAACCUGGAGCAGUGCUUUUCAUUAUACACUAAGGAAGAAAAGCUUGGAGCAGAGGAUGCUUGGAACUGCCCAACCUGUAAGAAACUCCAGCAAGGCACCAUUAAGAAACUGAGCCUCUGGUCUCUGCCUGAUAUCCUGGUGAUACAUUUGAAGAGGUUCAAGCAGGUUGGCAUGAAGCGUGUGAAGAUGACCACAUUGGUAGAGUUUCCAGUGACUGGAUUGGACAUGAGCACACAUGUGGUACGGAAGACAACCAAUCAGUCACAGUGGUCUCCAUGGAGACGCCACAGGAAACACUGUCCCUGUCCUGAGGAUUAUGUUUAUGACCUGUAUGCUGUCUGUAAUCACUAUGGCAACAUGGCAGGAGGCCAUUACACAGCAUUCUGUAAGAAUCCAGCAGAUGACCUGUGGUAUUCCUUUGACGACACUCAUGUCAGUCAGAUCCGUGAAGACCAAACAGUGACUUCAGCUGCCUACUUACUGUUCUACCAAAGACGUACAUUCAGCAACCACCACUCCUGUGGGUCUUCCAGUAGCUCCUCUGGUGGAGAGCACUGGGUCUACAGGAUGCAGCCAUUCCAGUUCAAGCCAAGAAGUGCCAGCCAAUCUGAAGAGAACUUACUUGACAACGACAAUGCAGGUCUUACCUCUGAAGAGCGCAGAAACAUUGCUGCUUAUGCAACUAUGAGGAGGCCAAAGUCUAAGAGCGGUACGGUGUCUCCGCUUGACCUCUCAGCUCCGCUUGCCCAGCAAGAUGGUAUGACGCCACCUUCUAGCAGAUCACAAUCCCCAGCCAAAUCCCCAAAGGAACAUCGAACAUCCGACUCCAGCUCACAGAAGAGAUCGCCUACAAAAUCACAGAAGUCUUUAUCACUAGAGCCACAGUCUCCAUCCAGAGUGAAAGGGACAGCAGCUGCCACCAACAGUGUUGGGAGCAAGUCCUCAAAUUUAAACAAAAAUUUCAGCUCUGCGUCGUCUCAGCAGCAGCCAUAUGUUGUGGUGAAUGGACAUAGUGAGGAGGAGGUGGGUCAGAAGCAAGCAGCCCUGCCUGGAAGACAACCUCUGCCUGAAAAGCAAACUACAUUCUCCUCCUUCAAAGCAAGGCCACCCAUUAACCAAAAUAACAGUGGACCCAAACAAGAACCUCCUCAGGAUCUGGUGAAAAAUGCAGGAAGCUCUCAAGCGAGGCCCCUUCAAAAUGGCAUCCAGCACAUGGGAUCUAGAAACCACAGCACUCAAUUCAGGUCCCCCCAGCUGCCGCGUAGCAAGUCGAGUGCAAUGUCUGGUGGUGUCUAUACGGACAGGAAUGGUCCUGUAGAUGCCACACUGAGGAGGUUCAAAUCUACAGGAGAUAGCCUAGAUGCCUCUAGUGAUAGCCGUGAAGGAGAUCAGUUACAGAAAGGGAACCAAAGACCAAAGAAAGUGAACUAUGCCUUAUUUCAUGAAUCGUGUGUGUAAAUGAGGACAGGAUUCAUUUAUUUUGUGAAGUGUGUGCGUUGUUUCAACCAUUACUUGAUUUCAUUAUACUUGCCAAUAUGAAUUAUGUAUAUAUAUUUUUAGUAAGGGCAGCUCAUUUGAUACAAAGAAGACUAGAAUGGAUAGCAUUAUUGAUUUAGGAGCAUUUUAAUUCUGUUUGCCCUUGUUACAGGAAGAGCAACAAUGGUCUUUUGAGUACAUUACAGUGUCAUAUGACCUUAACAUAUUAUGUUAUAUUAUGGAAUUGUACAUAUUUGAAUAUUUGUGUUUAAUGAAAUAGUAAUAUGGUUUAUAAUAUGAUGUGACACAAACUGUUUUAAUUCUGUUAUAUAAAUUUUAAGAAUAAAACAGUUGGGUUGGUUAAAAAAGAAAGUUGAAAUUUAAAUGAUUGGACACAAAGAAUGGGCUAGCCAUUGAUGAAGCUCUUUCUCAAUAUUUGUGUUGUGCUCUCUCUCAAUAUUUACUUUAGAAUAUUCCACAAGUACAAAUUGAUUUGAUGUAUUUUUGCAUUGUAUGAUAACAAAGAUUUGCUAGUUGUUCCUAUAUUGACAUGGGUAUGAAAUGCAAAAUUCAAUUCAGAAAAAAUAUAAAAUAUUAUUACCCACAAGAAUUAGAAGCUGAGAAAUCCAAGAUGUAAUUAAAUGAUAGAUUGCUGGUUCUUUGAGUUAGUUUUCAGGAUGGUGCUAAAAUUCAUGAUUUUUCACUUCUCCCAAGUCAUUUUGAUUUGAAUUCAUUUCCUGACUCCUUUUGCAGGAAGUUUGAAGGUGUGAAUAUUCCGUUAUUGCUAUUUCAGAUUGUGUCAGAAAUGUUGUCUGUAAUGAAUAUCACAGGUUCAUCUGUCUUUUGCCUCUAACUGAGAAGAUCCACAUCAAUUUUUUUAUGACUUAAGUCAUAGGUGCUGUAUUUGACUGUGUAGACACAAAUCCCUGAUUAUAAACAGAUAAACUGUUUAUUAAUGUUAAGUUUCCAGCUGUUAUUAACAUUUCAUUACUGUUUGGAUGCCGGGAUGUUUGCCAACUGGGAGACCUACCAAAAGAGGUAAAAUAUUAGCAUUGAAACUGAUGUAUUUUCAGUGUUCUUGUUCUUUAAAGUUUAACCAUUUAAUGGUUUUGAUUGUUUUUCGUGUGACAGCUAUGGAAAAAGUGUUGUUAAAAAUAAUUAGGUGCUUGUUACAGCAGAGCAGUGGCAUUGUUGGGCCCUGGCUGUUCACAUAACUUUAAAAAAAAGAGGUGUCAAAGAAAAUGGCAUCUUGAAAGAUGUUGUUGCAUGUAUGAAUUAUUGUUAUUUUUUAUUGGAGGUUUGCCUAAAAAUCAGACCAAAGGUGGAAUGGUCUAAUUGAGCACUGAGUUCUUACAUUGCUACAAAGAGAUGUAAAAUGGAUAAGAAUUACAGUCCCUGAAAGAAGAUUAUCUCUUAUAUUUGAAUUAACUGUAAAUUAUUAUUUGCAAAAAUGAAACAGACAUGCCUAAAAAAAAUCUCUGUAAGAGUAAAGAAAUUCAUGUUAUUUUUAAAAACGUGUAAAUAUUUUGAAACCUUGUCUGGAGUUGGUUCUUAUUUGGCAUUGACAAGCUUGUAUUUAUGUGGCCUUUGCUUUUUAAAAAUGACUUUUAACUAUUUGUGAGGAUCAUUAUUUUUCUGUAGUACAGUUUUCAUUUCAUUUAUUUUCAUUUUUACACAAUAUUUUUGCUGACAUUAUUUCAUGUACCUAAAAGUUUUGACCUUCUCUGUUCCUCACGCUGAAUGGGCUCUAUCAGAAUGGGCUCUGCUUUUAUGUCUUUUGGAUUGAGUAUAUGUUAGCAAUCUUUCACCCUAUGUUUUCCACUGUUUACCUGGGUUUGUCAUUUAUAGGGUCAAGGCUUGAGAAGCACCCAGAUAUUUCAACUCUGUUACCCAGAGGACCAAAGGCAUAACUGUAUGAAUGUAUUUUAUUUUGUAAGAUAUGCACUUAGAUUGUAUAUAUCUCUGUUAACAUCUCUAUUAUUUAGUUGCAACAAUUGUGAAGUGAAAGUUGACUAAUUUAGGUAUGAAUUCCCUUGCAAUUAAAAUACAUGAAUGGAUACCAUAUUCACUCUUAAAUUAUAAGUAGAAUUACUAUUUUGUUACCAAGAUGGAUGUAAAAAUUUUGGAAAAAUAUAUCUCCCUGUAAAACUGGAUGAAUGGUUACUAUAAGAGUUGGAAUUACCCCAGAAAUAUUCUCACAGGUGAUCUCCCAGACAGUUUAAGAGCACUGAACAUUGUGUUAUAUUGCCUGAGCUGUAAUUAAAUCCACUGAAUGUCAUUGCACACCAAAUUAUAAUGGCAGGUAUCCAAUGCCUGUGUCUUGUUUUAGAAAUGUCUCCUGUGUAACCACAUCUGGUAUGCAGUGUCACAUCCAUGGUGGAUGUUGAUUUAUUCAUUAUUAGAAGAUAGAAUGUCAAAGGUUCAGAUCGUUAGUGGUUGUGCAAGUUGAUAAUUGGUUGUGUAAGCUCCAGUGAGAAGUGGAUUUCAAUGUUUGUAUAUUUCUUGUAAAUAAUCUAUGCUUAGCUGAUGAGCUAAUAAAAGUUUUUAAUUUUAGUUGAA